GACGUAGACCCACUUCCCUCCGUAAUGCUCUCCGUCACUCAAACUUAGGUAUGAAGGCCUUGGACAGAAAUAUACCAAUGCAAGCCACUCGAAAACCAAUGUGAUAACCAUCAUUAUUAUCUGUCAAAGAUAUGCAACCAAUGGAAUUGAGAAUAAGCUAAAAGGGCUUAUCUUAGGCUAUUAUACACUGCUUCAAGUGUGUUUAUGAGAGUGUUCUGACAAGCUGAUGUUUGUAUCGCCCGCUUUCCCUCGACGUUGCUCACAUGCCCCUGGGGGCGCAGCGCUCCAAUAUAUACCGUCACGAUUAUCAUUUGCAAGUUCUUCAUGACCGUAGAGUUGCCUACAAGGAGUAACUGACUUCACCACGACUGAGUGAUCGUCACCAGAUAUCUUUAUACACUGACAUUCACCGACACUGGCUUGGGGGUAUCGCAAGCAAAGCCUAACGCUUCCUACCUUGUUUCCUUAUACGGAAACCCCUCCUGACCCCAGAUCUUGGCAUAAAGAAACUCGAGCCUCACGUCUCUCGCUGCCACACAACGCUCUCAUUCAAUUCAUCAAAUUUCAAUCUGGCAAUUUCAGCACACGGCCAGUCUUUUCUUUGCCUUAUGUCCCCUGUGGUAUAACCCAACAGAAAACAGAAAACAUUAAAUCCACCGCACCACACCAUCAGCAGCCAUGGGCAACAUCUGCGGAAAGACAGAGCCAGAGGCUUUUUCGCAACCUGGCAGAGUCUUGGGUUCCGCUCCCGCUCCAGCCGCGGGCACAGCGCCUGUUCCAAAAAAGGUCGGAGGCCCGCCAAGGACUUUGGGAAGUGGCCCAGCUGUGGAAGCUUCAGGAGAUACGGAUGACGCCCGGAGGAAAGCCGCGGAAGCUGCAGAGGCGCGCGCAAGAGCAUCCUCAAAGCCAGGUGGAAAGUUGCAGACACAACUAGCAGCACAGAAGAAACAGACACGUUCAGAAACCCUCAAGGACGUUAGUCAAGAGCAAUUGCGAGCGCGUGAGGCUGAUCAAGCAGCUGAAGCACGGAAUUGGGCAUGAUGACUUCUUAAGAGCUGACAGUUCACAAGAUGGCGCAGAGUAGCUGGUUCACGAGUAGAAGGCAACGUCUACACAUUGUGAUCACUCAAUGGCGUCUAGCUGUUCCAAGAUUUUCGUUCAUGUUCAGUUGGACUCUUAUUUCAAAGUAUUUUCAAGCAACAUUAUAGAUGUUUUAUUUCGAAAAAGUCACAAGUUCAGAAACUUGGUGGGUUCAGCGUUAACCAAUGUUCCCCUAUGGCUUUCCACCAAAGUAGGCGUGCAACGCCAUGAUUAACUCCUAUUUGUAUAUAUUUUCCUCUUCAAACUUCCACGUAGCC